AUGUGCAAUUUCUUUGCGUGCCGACAGGCCAUAAAUCCUCCAAAACAUAAAUUAACAAUGAUUGUCGACACGACAGGCCAUCAAAUUAAAAAUAAUGCAGAAUGCCAGUGCAACACUCCAGGGUUGG